UUUGUAAAUAACCAAAGAACAUAUACAUUACAGAAAAGAAGAACAUUGUUAUUUGGCAUCUGAAGAGAUGGCACAAGCAUUUAGCCACGACGGUAUCAGAUCAUUGUGGUCUCAAUGUGAAGAAAGUAAGAAACUCCAUUUUAUCUCCCAGGACAAACCGAGUCUUGUGGGACAACUAAAUGCAAGGGAUCUGUCUAUCACUUCUGGUUCAGAUCUUUGUCACUGGAAAUGGAGUCAUGUAAAAGACGGCAUAAGUGGUGAUAUGAACGAAGUUGCUGAACUGCUUGAGAUUCGCUGCCUUCAAAUUGAUGGAAGAUAUGAGGCGAAUAAGCUCAAACAAGGAUUGCUGUACGAGGUGCAAUAUGUGGUGAUGCUGAAAGACAACCACACCAUUACUACUCCACUGAAGCUUGUACUUACUCUUCCCGAUGGAACAAAACAUGAAAGCACUAAGAAUCUGAUGGAAGAGCCGAGAAACCACAUGAUAGGACUCAAACUAGGACACUUUCUCACCCAAAAUUUAGGUGGAGAUGUUAAGUUCUCUCUGGUGGAGAAUAGUUCAGCUCAAAAAAGAGGUUUAGUUGUUAUUGGUGCGCUAAUCGUGCCUAAUAUAGUGUAAACAUGUUAUGACAGUUGCAAAUUCCAGCUGUCUACUAACUACUCAAACAGUAUUUGAGCUUGGUAUGUAAAACUCAAUGAUAAGUUGUAGUUCUCAAAAGUAAAAUGGUACUUGUCCCAGAGUGCUUCAUUGUCA